AUGUAUCUUAGCCAAGUGCGUAAUUUUUUACCGUACUCAAGACUAGGAUUGAUGAACAUUCAGAACAGAUGUUACGAGAAAGUUGCUUUAAAGACUACGAAAUCUCAAGAAAUGGAGAACUCUAAGGCAAGCAUGCAGUCUGUGGGUUUAACUCCCAAACAAAUUGAAAUGUUUCCAACAGCCAAGGUGCAUAUACCGAUGGCGCUCACUAGUAGAGAGCCAAUUAUUUUACCUUUUGAUGAAGUACCUGGGCCGAAAUCUUUGAAGUAUAUAUCUAAUUUCCGUCAGUAUCUUUCGGUAAUAGGAACUCAGAUCACAGUAGGUGUUCUCACGAUGAUGCUUAAUGUGGGCACUUAUGUGAAUGCAAAGAAGCCACUGAAAAAUCUCUCUGCACUCUUUGAUGAAUACGGUCCCGUAGUUCGAUUUGUUAGCCCUGUGGGUGGGGACAUAGUUUUAAUAAAUCACCCAGAACAUAUUCAAAAAGUGUACGCAAUGGAAGGAAGCUAUCCCGUUAGAUCAAAUUUGGAUUCUUUGGAAAAAUAUAGAGCUGAGCACAGGAAUCAAAUUUACGGCGGAACGUUUACCGCUUUCGGCGAGGAAUGGCAUCGCCAGCGGGAAGUUGUAGUAGCUCCUCUACACGAAUCGGUGAGCAAACACAUGGGUGGCAUCAAUGAAGUGUGCGAGAAUUUUACAUUGAAGAUAUUUAACAUACGAAACUAUCAAGACGAAAUUACGGACAACCUGUAUAAGGAGAUUUAUAAGUGGUCCUUUGACUGUAUGGGAUUGAUCCUUUUCUCGAAGAAGUUUACCAUGUUGAAUACGGAGGUGGUAUACAGUCAGUGCGACAUGUCGUGGUUGUACCACAGCCUGGAGAAAGCCACAGAUGCUAUCAUCAAAUGCGAGUCCGGACUGCAGUUCUGGAAACUACUGCCAACGCCUACUUGGAGUUCCUUGGUCAAAUACUGCGACAGUUUAGACAAUUUGAUCGGAAAGUAUGUCUUGGAGGCAGAACAGUCUGUUGGAGUUCAACUCAAGAAUAUGCGCUCUAAUGUAUCUGAUGAAUCAUUUGCACUUGAAAAUAAUUCAUUGGUCAAUGCAAUGUUGGUUGGUGAAAACAAAAUGAGUGCUGAAGAUAUUGCUACAGUUAUUAUGGAUAUGCUUCUAAUUGGAGUUAACACUAUUACAUCUUCAAUGUCUUUUCUUUUGUACCACAUAGCGAAAUACCAAAGGGCACAAAAGAUAUUAUUUAGCGAAAUUGACAAAGUUGGUGGCGACCUCAAUAUAAGUAACAUGUCGGCGAUUAUUGAACAAACACCAUAUCUUCAAGCAUGUAUAAAAGAGUCUUUACGACUGGUUCCACCAAUUCCUGUGCUAACCAGAAUCCUACCAAAAAAUAUAACUAUUGACAGAUUCAAUAUACCUCGUGGCACCCUUAUUAUUAUGUCUACACAAGAUGCAUCUCUCAAAGAAGGAAACUAUGAUGAUGCAUCAGUAUUCUACCCUGAGCGGUGGUUGAAGGGUGAUGCAAAGGAAUAUCAUGCGUUUGCAUCUAUUCCAUUUGGUUUUGGAGCCCGUAAGUGUUUGGGCCAGAACAUUGCAGAGACAAUGCUCUCUUUGCUUACUAUCAGGAUUCUCCAAAAGUUUAAGCUGGAAUACCAUUAUGGAGAUAUUGGAUCAACAAGAAGUUUUAUAUCAAGACCUACUAAGGCACUUAAGAUUAGAUUCGUGGAUAGAAUUUAA